GGGGACCUCAGGGAUGGGAGUCAUCUUUUUUGUAAAUAGAUGUACCAAAUAAAUCUUGCCAGCUGUAAAGAAGAAAUAGAGUAAUUAAAUAGGAAUCUACUCCGUAGGCUAGAGUCCAAGUUCUGUACGGACCAUUUCCCGGCUCCAUUCCCGCCGGCGCGAUCACCAUGCACAGAUCAUCGAGCUCCAGCAGGAUCUCGGAGUUCUCUCCACAUUCAUCGUCGUCUUCAUCUCUAUUACCCGCCUACUCUUCUCCGAAUCUCAGAUUGGCGUUCGCAGGCGACUCUGACGAGUUGCCGACUUACAACCCCCGAUCUUAUCUCGCAAAGAAGGAGAGAGACCGGCUCAGAUCAUCGGGGAACUUCGUGCAUCUCAUCCCGCUGAUACUCUUUUUGUCCGUCAUCGUUCUGUGGCUUUUCUCCGGUCAAGGAGUCUGAGGAAUGCUACAAGUAGUUUGGCAGAUCCAAAAGAUUCCAAUCUGAUUCAAUGGUUCUGUAAUUGUGAGUGAGGUCAAUGGCCAUAUGGGAUGAAAGCAGCUUGAGAUCAGAGCAGUUGCUAGAGGACUCUGAUGAUCCAUAUGGUCUGCCAGAUGACAGAUAAUUCUUUUUAUACAUUCUUACUCUCUCCAUUUUCAACACAUAUUUUUUGAACUCAUAGGCUUAUUACAUAGUAUAUAAAUUAUAUAUCAUGUACCAUUUUCAUUCGAAAUAUAGUUUCUGUUUUGAU